CCCAAACUCCUCCUCCAGAUCCACGACCUCCGCCACCCCUCCGUCACCACCUUCCUCACCCUAAUCCCCAAUUUAGCCUCCACCCUCGAAACCGCAUUAACCACCAUCCUCCAAACCCUCUACACCUGCCCAUCCCCCCCAACACCCCCAUCCUUCCCAAAAUCCCCCCCCAAAAACCGAAUAACAUUCACCCCAACCCUCCCUCCGACCCGCUCCAUCACCACCCACCUCCGCCCCAUCCCGGGCGUCGCCUACACAACAGGCACAGACCUCGACCGGGACCACAAAGAGAUCCACCUCUCGCUCUCCUACAUCGCGACCUGCACCGAGCGAUCCACCCCCUCCACCACGCGCGCCGAGAUCGUCGGGGUCCUCACCCACGAACUCGUCCACUGCUACCAGCACACGGCGCCCGACGGCGACGACGACACCACCCCCCACCCGCCCGGGGGCCUGAUCGAGGGGAUCGCCGACUUCGUGCGCCUCAAGGCCGGGUUGGCGCCGCCGCACUGGCAGCGGCCGCGGUCGGCGGCGGAGCGUCCCGAGAAGUGGGAUCAGGGGUACCAGCAUACGGCGUAUUUCUUGGCCUGGUUGGAGGAUUUCCGCGUCGGGAGGGGGGCGGUGGGGUUGGUGAAUGAUCGGUUGUUGAGGGUUGGGUAUUCACAAAAACGAGGGGAAGGGUUCUGGCGGGGGUUGUUUGGGGUUGGGGUUGAGGAGUUGUGGGAGGAGUAUGGUCGAUAUCUGGAU